AUCAACUUUCACAUUUUAUUUAAUUCUUUACCCAAACAGAUCCCGCGACCUCUUCAAAAUGUCGUGGCGCAAUCAAGGCAUCACAGGUUCGAAUAACAUUCCUCUUGGAAAUCGCCGUCGAUUGGGUGGUGAAAGCAAUGGCGACUCGCAGAAUGGAAGCUCUGUCAAUUCUCCAGCCUAUGGAGAUUCUGGCAAGCGUGGGCGCAGUCCUGCCAGAGGUCCUUCUCAUCAAUUCCGCGUGUCUAUAUAUUCUAACAACUCUCUAGCCGAGCCUAGUGUCGACGGCGUCAAGAGACGUAAGAAGCGCAAUCGAUGGGGUGAAGCUGAUGACAAUAAGGCUGCCGGUCUGAUGGGCCUUCCAACCUUGAUUCAGGCAAACAUGACUGCAGAACAACUCGAAGCGUACAUUCUCAAUUUGCGUAUCGAAGAAAUCAGCCAGAAACUUCGCAUCAACGAUGUUGUUCCCGCCGAGGGUGAUCGUUCACCCUCACCUGCCCCCCAAUAUGACAACUUCGGUCGCCGAGUCAACACUCGAGAAUUCAGAUAUCGCAAGCGUCUGGAAGAUGAACGCCACAAGCUGAUUGAAAAAGCCAUGAAAACCAUUCCUAACUACCAUCCGCCAUCUGACUACAGACGUCCAACCAAGACACAGGAAAAGGUUUACGUGCCAGUCAACGAUUAUCCCGAGAUCAAUUUCAUCGGCUUACUCAUUGGACCUCGUGGCAACACUUUGAAAAAGAUGGAGACUGAGUCCGGAGCCAAGAUUGCAAUCCGUGGCAAAGGUUCCGUCAAAGAAGGCAAGGGUCGAUCAGAUGCGGCUCAUACCAGCAACCAGGAAGAAGACCUUCAUUGUCUCAUCAUGGCCGACACGGAAGAGAAAGUUAACAAGGCAAAACAAUUGAUUCACAACGUCAUCGAAACCGCCGCCUCCAUCCCCGAAGGCCAGAACGAACUGAAGAGGAACCAGUUGCGAGAAUUGGCUGCGCUCAACGGAACCCUUCGUGAUGAUGAGAACCAGGCAUGCCAGAACUGCGGUCAAAUCGGACAUCGCAAGUACGAUUGCCCUGAACAACGCAACUUCACUGCCAAUAUCAUUUGUCGUGUGUGCGGAAAUGCAGGACAUAUGGCUAGAGAUUGUCCCGACCGGCAAAGGGGUAGCGAUUCUCGGAAUAAUAUUCCUGGCGGCUAUGGCGGACCACAACGUCGCCUUGGAGGUGGUGAUGCCGUUGACCGAGAAAUGGAGAAUCUCAUGCAAGAACUCUCUGGUAAUCCGUCCAGUGGUGGUCCUGUCGGCCGAAUUGAAGCUGGUCCUGGCGGCUACGAUCAGGGCGAGUCCUACGGUUCAGGAGGUGACUCCCGACCAUGGGCCCGUCAACCAACGGGAGCUCCUGCUCCAUGGCAGCGAGACCGUCAAGAUCGUGGCGGUUAUGACCAGCGUGAUUCCGGGUCCUCAGUCCCACCUUGGGCCGCACAAAACCAUGGCAGAGGUAACGACUCGUAUGGUGGUGGAUAUGGCUCUGCCCCUGGACAAGGUGGUGGAGCUCCUCCAUGGCAACAGCAAGCACCACCACCACCACCCCCCGGUGGACAAAGCUACAACUAUGGUGGAUACCAGGGCUAUGAUGCUCAAGCUGGCUACGGCAGCGUGCCUCCACCACCUGCGCCUCCGGGUCUCAGCUCAUUCUUGCAGCAAUAUGGCGGUGCACCUCCACCGCCUCCAGAUUCUCAUGCACCACCACCUCCCCCUCCAGGCGAGCAACCACCGCCACCACCUGGUAUGGGAGACUACCCUCCACCGCCACCACCACCUCCGCCAGCGUAAGUUCGGUGCGUCUUUGAGAACUAUUUGGCAACCUCGGCACCCAUCUCGCAAAGGUCGUCCGAGGGAAAGGGCUAUUCGAUGGACAGAGGACGGCGUUCUCCAGGUUGUAAAGCGCAGAGUGCCUGUAUUUCUAUUUUGACUAUAGGAAAUCAUUAGCAACACCUUCGUUGCUUUUAUGUUUAUGGAUUCGUAGACUACACAAUUGUAUGCGUAUGCGAAUCGUCGACCAGGCUUGCGUCGCGGGCCGAAGGCAACAGGCUCACUCGUGGCCAAACGUCCAAAUGAACCAAUCAUAUCACCUAGAAAGGGCACAUCGUCUUGGCGUUGGAGAAACAUUUCAAGUCCAUAGAUGAACCUAGAGCUAUCC